AUGGAUUUCUUCGCUGCCGGUGGUUUUCAGCAAUUAUUCAGUGACUUGAACGAACAACCAAUGGAUUUUGAUACGGACACCACAGAUGCAUGUGCAUUUGGUGUAUUGGAGCAUGAUGGCGCUGUUGCUGCGAGCUAUGAAUGUGUACAACAUUUUGAACUAAACGUUGACUAUGAUUUCUACGAUAACGCGAAUGGAUUGGAAACCACGAAUAAUGUUGAUUUCAUGAAUUACGCUAAUAGCGAUGAAGUUUCUAAUACUGAACUGCCAGAUACAUUUUUACUGGAUUUAAAUAUAGCAAAUCAAUAUAAUGCUAAAGACUAUAACAACAAUGUUAAUGAAUUUGAGAAAUAUAGUGAGAAAUCAUUGCAAUAUAGUCUAGAUUUACUAUUACCCGCAGAUGCAACGCAAACACAAAUUACCGAUUUGGAUAAAGAACUUGAGGCUGAUGCAUUAAUUACACAGGAAAUAGCGGAAUGGGAAGAAAAAUUUUUAGAUAAUUAUAUUGAAAUACCAGAAUUAAUAGAAAUUUUGCCUGAAAAAACACCACUCUGCACAGAAGUGUGUGAGUUGUUCUUGGAGGAAAGUUCGCAGAAUUUAAAACUUUAUCGCAAAAAACGUUCCAAACCAAAACUAAAAACAAAAACAGAAGAUAAUGAUAAAGGCUAUCAAUGCACUUAUGACAAUUGCAGAAAAAUGUAUGCUAAGCCCGCACAUCUCAAAGCGCACAUACGUCGGCAUAUGGGUGAGAAACCCUAUGCUUGCACAUGGCCUGAUUGUACGUGGAAAUUCUCGAGAUCCGAUGAAUUGGCACGACAUCGUCGUUCACAUUCUGGCAUAAAACCUUAUAAAUGUGAUUAUUGUACAAAAUGUUUUGCGCGUUCAGAUCAUUUGACGAAACAUCGAAAGGUACACGAGAGACGUCUACUAGCAGCGACUAAGGCUGGUAGUGCGCUGAAUGGUGUUAUACCACAAAGUAUCCUUACAGUACGACCAGGCAGAAAGCGCAAAAAUCAAUUUUAA